AUGGAAAUAGAAUUUCUAUAAGCUAGGUAAUUUUAAUUGAAUUUCAUCUCAAACUCAAAUAAUGAUGACUUUAUUGGAAUAAACUUUUAGGAUAAAAAACCAAGUUUGAUUUUCUCCUUAUUUUAUUAGUUAUUCAAAGUAAUAUGUAGAGGUAGUAUCUCGAAUUAGUUUUAUAUAAUAAGAAGGCAAUAAAAAUAAUCAAUAUGAGAAUUGA